AGGAAGGUACUGCCAAAGGGCUCCUUGUUUCCUCGUUCACCUUCUGAGUCUGCUGCUGUGUCAUUAAAGUGAUUCUGCAGUUGUUAAAGGAAGAGGGUAAAAGCAGGGGAUUUCUGAUCGAUUCUCUCGAAUCUAGCCGAAGAAAUCAAGUUUCACUCAAGUCUCCACUUCUGUAGCCUGACAUAAACCUUCCUAAUGGCUAAUGAGGCUCAGCCUUGCCCGUGUGACAUAGGGCAUAAGAUGGAAUAUGGGGGCCUGGGAUGUGAAGUGCAAAUCGAGCACAUCAAGGCUUACCUUAGCCAACCACCAUCGACCACAGACAAAGCUGUGAUUGUUGUUCAAGAUAUUUUUGGCUGGCAAAUGCCCAACACCAGAUAUAUGGUCGAUAUGAUUGCAGCCAAUGGAUACAUAGCAAUCUGCCCAGACUUCUUUGUAGGGAAAGAACCUUGGCACGCAUCUGAUGACUGGUCUACCUUCCAGGACUGGCUGAAAACAAGAAAUGCCAGAAAUGUUGAUAAAGAAGCCAGUGUUGUUCUUAAGUAUCUGAAAGAGAAGUGUCAUGCCCAGAGAAUUGGUAUUGUUGGAUUCUGCUGGGGUGGAAUUGUUGUACAUGAUUUGAUGAUGAAAUAUCCAGAAUUAAAAGCAGGAGUCUCAGUCUAUGGUAUUAUCAGAGAUGCUGAAGAUGUCUAUAGUUUGAAAAAUCCUACACUCUUUAUUUUUGCAGAGAAUGAUGCUGUAAUUCCUCUUGAGCAAGUGACUUUGCUGACACAGAAGUUGAAUGAGCAUGCCAAAGUUGAUUAUCAAAUUAAAAUAUUUCCUGGGCAAACUCAUGGGUUUGUGCAUCGCCAAAGAGAAGAUUGGAAUCCUAAAGACAAACCAUAUAUUGAAGAAGCAAGAAAGGACCUAAUCAACUGGCUGAACAAAUAUAUUUAAUCAGUAGUUAGAUACAGUCUUUUAAAUUUA